AUGGUAGUGGCCUGGAACACCGCAGCUACCAGGGUGAAGAACCAAGCAGAGGUGGAGGCCACCCAUGAGACUCUCCAGCUAGCGAAGCCGAUAGCCCAAUCGGACUAUAUCGCCAUGAGGAAUGCGUACUCCUCCCAGUUCGGAGAGCUAGAAGACAAACAUAUUCCUGCUAAGGAAUACAUCGAGAAGAAGCUGUACGAACUGGAAACGGGGGAGUUCCGCGCCGAGCCCCUGACAGAGGUCGUCAGUCGGGAUGAGGUGGACCCCGACGUGCUAGUCACCACUUGGAAUGCCAAGGGCCAGCUAUCCGUGAAGAAGGGAGGGUCCACCACCUCUAUGCCCACGGGGCCCGAGCAGCUACGGCUACGGCUUACGGUGCUUCAGAAUGCGCUUAUCAUGAUUAAGCUAAAACACCCCGGCCGGGCCGAGCUAAAAGACGUCCAGAUGACGCUCUUCGAGAAGUACAAGGAGUACUUGCUGGGGGACUACUGCUAUGGUCUCCGGGCCGGGGGUGAUGCCGGUGGUAUGAUCCCGCCGUGGACGCUGGUGCUGAGCUACGAGCAUGCUAUCCGAAAGCAUGCUUACAAGCUCAUGGCUAACCACGGCCUGCCUUUUGGCGAGGCCCUCGUCAAGAGCUACAAGGAGCCCUCUGUGAAGGAGCGCCACUUCACGACUCCGCUAGCCCUCUAUGGCAAGAGGCCGAACGUGCCAGGGAGCCCAGCUAUCGCUACAGAGGACCCCAACAAGACGAAGAACCCCCCUAAAGGAGGUGGUCGAGGGGGAAAGGGCGAUAAAGGGGACAAAGGCGCCGGGCUACCUAGCCGCACCCCCGAGGGCAAGCCAAUCUGCUUCAAGUACCAGGCUAAGGGCGGUUGCAAGAAGGGCCAGAAGUGCAAGUUUGCCCACGUGUGCAGACGAUGCUACGCUAAGCAUCCCCUUUUCCAGUGCAAGCAGCCGCCAAAGGACACGCGGGGUGAGCUACCCCAGGCCAACAAGGCCGCCUGA